AGUGGGAAGGGGCGUUGGGGGCCUUCGGUUGGGGUGCGGACGGCUUGGUACCGUGCGGUUGGGUGCAAUUAGUAGCGGCGCAUUUGUUGUGAUCCAAUUAGGUGUUGUGAGCACUGUAACGCGCCGCACCAGGAGCUUUCACUAGCCCAAGCCCUCGUUCGUGAUGGCCGAAAAGGAGCAGACGAAGGCUACUGAACAGAACUCAUCAAACUCCGUUCCUGACGAACCUAAAAAUGUACAGGAACUUGCGACUUAUGUGCAAAGCCUGCUGGAGAACAUGCAGCAGCGCUUCCAGACUAUGUCAGACAACAUCAUCAGCCGAAUAGACGAGAUGGGCGACCGGAUUGACGAGCUGGAGAAGAGCGUGGCAGACGUGAUGACUCAAGCCCAGACGGUGGACGACGGAGACAAGUAGUCCCACCCGGCGGCCCCCCAGUGGGUCUACGGCCGAUCUCUGGCGCCCGACGGCGUGCGCGGGGCGCGGACACAUGUCGGUGUUCAAAGCUUUCAGCCUUGGCUGGCCUGAGUUUGUGUUUGGUUGCUGUGCCGGUCGGCGCGCGCGGGAAGGCGAAGCGAGCGUCAGUCGAUCGGCACCGCUGUCGUGAGCGCCGCCCGCUCCUGCGGCGGCCGGCCGCACGCCAGGCCCGUUUGGUGGGCCCCCGCGGGAGUGGUCGAUACGCGAUACUCGAUAGUCGCGGCUCGCUGCUCUGCUAAGGCACAUUGAAGAACGGGAUGGGCUGCACCAUUGAUCACUGCCCGUCGACUCCCAGUCAUCGUUUGAUUGCAUCCAUCCCGCGCCCAGCACCGUUUUGGAAGGUCACGAUGCUUGCAGCUGCCGCGGCAGCAUAGUUGAGUUAGUUGGAGAAGAACAGCUACGACCAGCGCGUGGUUUUCAUGGAUCUGUCGCCACGCAGGUAGUUGGACCAUUUGCUUUAUGUUGCAUUUUAGCUGUUACAAUACACACGUGCGCAUGCUA